CGCGAUGCCACCCCAGACCUGCGGUGCACCGACCCGGGCUUUUAAUCAGACGCUCUGAUCCCAGGCUCUGCCCAGGCUCGGCCGAGUCCUUUUGGUCACAGACAAGUGGGUGCCAGGAGCAGGGGACAAGGACGCAGCUCCUAAACGGACUAGUUGAUGGAGGGUCCCGAUCUGCGGGCAGGGUCCCCUCGCGAGGAGCGGAUGGGGGAGGAUCGGGGAGGUGGGGCGCGGACCUGGGGGACAGCUUGCGUUCGCGUCCCCGCGCUGCAGCCGCCUGGCGACUACCGAUGCCCCAGGCGGGGACCUCCGGCAGGCGCGCACCCAGCGGCGCCCCCCGUAUCCCAGCGCCCAGGAAGGAAGAAGGGGAAAGGGAAGGGGCCGGGCCAGCGGCAGGCUGGGGAGGCAGGGCCGGGCGCCCCACUUCCUCCUUCGGCCUCGGCCUGCAUCGCCCGCUGGGUGCCUGCGUGCGGCGCUGGCCCGGUGGGGGAAGCUGGGAGCGCGCGGGGGCGGCGGCUGCCCACGUGACUCGGUUUCCCCUCCCUCCCUUUAGCCGGCCCCCCUGUCCCCGAGGUGCGGGGCGGGGCUGCAGCCGGAGACUCGAGUGGAGCAACCUGAGCCCGAGCCCGAGGACGCCGCCGCCCGCCGCGGUCCCGGAUCCACGCGCCGCGAUGGGCCGGGCGAGCCGGCCGCUGUGCGCGCUGCUGCCGCUGCUGGCGCUGCUGGCGCCGAUGUCGCCACUGUCGCCGUCCCCGGCGCGGGCGCUCAGCCCCCGGGUCAGCCUGCCGCUCGGCUCCGAAGAGCGGCCCAUCCUCAAAUUUGAGGCUGAAAACGUCUCCAACUACACAGCCCUUCUGCUGAGCGCGGAUGGCGAGACGCUGUACGUGGGGGCCCGAGAGGCCCUGUUCGCCCUCAGCAGCAGCCUGAGCUUCCUGCCCGGCGGGGAGUACCAGGAGCUGCUGUGGAGUGCGGGCGCAGACAGGAAGCAGCAGUGCAUCUUCAAGGGCAAGGACCGCAAGCGUGACUGUCAAAACUACAUCAAGAUCCUCCUGCCACUCAACAGCAGCCACCUGUUCUCCUGUGGCACAGCGGCCUUCAGCCCCCUGUGUACCUACAUUAGCAUGGCGAACUUCACUCUGGCUCGAGACGAGACGGGCAGUGUCCUUCUGGAGGAUGGCAAGGGUCGUUGUCCCUUUGACCCCAACUUCAAGUCCACGGCCCUGGUGGUUGAUGGCGAGCUCUACACUGGAACAGUCAGCAGCUUCCUGGGGAAUGACCCUGUCAUCUCCCGGAGCCAAAGCCUCCGGCCCACCAAGACCGAGAGCUCCCUCAACUGGCUGCAAGACCCGGCCUUUGUGGCUUCAGCCUACAUUCCCGAGAGCCUGGGCAGCUUGCAGGGUGACGACGAUAAGGUCUACUUCUUCUUCAGUGAGACCGGCCAGGAGUUUGAGUUCUUUGAGAGCACAAUCGUAUCCCGUGUUGCCCGCAUCUGUAAGGGCGAUGAGGGCGGAGAGCGGGUGUUGCAGCAGCGCUGGACGUCCUUCCUGAAGGCCCAGCUGCUGUGCUCCCGGCCCGACGAUGGCUUCCCGUUCAACGUGCUGCAGGAUGUCUUCACGCUGAGUCCCAGCCCCCAGGACUGGGACAAAACCCGUUUCUAUGGGGUCUUCACGUCCCAGUGGCACAGGGGGACCACGGAGGGCUCUGCCGUCUGUGUCUUCACCAUGAAAGAUGUGCAGAAGGUCUUCGAUGGCCUCUACAAGAAAGUGAACCGGGAGACGCAGCAGUGGUACACCGAGACCCACCCAGCGCCCACGCCUCGGCCUGGUGCUUGCAUCACCAACAGUGCCCGGGAGCGAAGGAUCAACUCGUCCCUGCAGCUCCCGGACCGAGUGUUGAAUUUCCUCAAGGAUCACUUCCUGAUGGACGGGCAGGUCCGCAGCCGGCUGCUGCUGCUGCAGCCCCAAGCGCGCUACCAGCGUGUGGCCGUGCACCGAGUCCCUGCAUUGCACAACACCUAUGAUGUCCUCUUCCUGGGCACUGGUGAUGGCCGGCUGCACAAGGCUGUGAGCGUGGGCUCCAGGGUGCACAUCAUUGAGGAGCUCCAGAUCUUCUCUCCAGAACAGCCUGUGCAGAACCUGCUCCUGGACGGCCACAGGGGGCUGCUGUAUGCCGCCUCCCACUCGGGCGUAGUCCAGGUGCCCAUGGCCAACUGCAGCCUGUACUCAAGCUGUGGGGACUGCCUCCUCGCCCGUGACCCCUAUUGUGCUUGGAGUGGAUCCAGCUGCAAGCACGUCAGCCUCUACCGGCCUGAGCUGGCCUCCAGGCCAUGGAUGCAGGACAUCGAGGGGGCCAAUGCUAAGGACCUCUGCAACACCUCUUCUGCCAGGCCCCGGUCUUUUGUCCCAGCAGGCAAGCCGUGUGAGCAGGUCCAGGUCCAGCCCAACUCUGUGAACACCUUGGCCUGCCCACUUCUUUCCAACCUGGCCACCCGCCUCUGGCUGCACAACGGGACCCCUGUCAAUGCCUCAGCCUCCUGUCGUGUGUUGCCCACGGGGGACCUGCUGUUGGUGGGCAGCCAGCAGGGGCUGGGGGUGUUCCAGUGCUGGUCGCUAGAGGAGGGGUUCUCACAGCUGGUGGCCAGCUACUGCCCAGAGAUGGUGGAGGAUGGGAUGGCCGACCAAGAAGGCCAGGGUAGCAGAGAUCCUGUCAUCAAUACGUCACGUGUGAGUGCGCCAGCCACAGGCCACAGCAGCUGGAGUGUAGAUAAGUCCUACUGGAACGAGUUCCUAGUGAUGUGCACGCUCUUUGGGCUAGCCGUGGUGCUUCUAGUCUUGUUUUUCCUCUACCGGCACCGGGACGGCAUGAAAGUCUUCCUGAAGAAGGGGGAGGGUGCUAGUGUGCACCCCAAGACCCGCGCCGGGCUGCAGCAACCUGAGACCCGACCGCUCAACGGGAUUGGCCCCCCCAGCACCCCACUUGACCACCGAGGCUACCAGGCCCUGUCGGAUAGCUCCCCAGGGCCCCGAGUCUUCACUGAGUCAGAGAAGAGGCCACUCAGCGUCCAGGACAGCUUUGUGGAGGUGUCCCCAGUGUGUCCCCGGCCCCGGGUGCGCCUGGGCUCUGAGAUCCGUGACUCGGUGGUGUGAGAGCUGACUUCUAAGUGAGGCCACCCUGGUUUUGGGGGCCAUGAAUGUGCAGAGGGCCUGGCUGGACCUCUGCUCCACGGGACACACCAUGCUGCCCUGUCAUCUGGACCUGGGAGGCAGCUGAUCCGUUACUUUUCAGCCAGGCCAUAAGGUCCCUCCAGCCCAGCCAGCCUGCUGUAAAGCGCCCGGGCUAGGGCCUGGUGGGGCCUGGCUAGGUGGGCAGGACACUGCUCCUUACUAAACUGAGCCCUUCCUUGAAACAGCUGAAAAUGUGAAGCCAGAGAGGAAGAGACAGCAUGGCAUGCUACACACAUAGCCACUCCAGUUGACACUCCUAGCCUCCAGGCCUCUGGGGCCCUUGGGGACACAUCCAGAGUGGUAUGUGACACAGUGAAAUCCCUCACCAACUGGCCUCUUCUGCCUUAUUCCACUGCCACAGGCUGCCCUUCCUCACUGCAGAGCUGGGGCAGCUCGGGCGCCAGCCAGCCAAGGAUGUAGCUAUGGCCGCUGUCACCCACCACCUCAGGGACAGAGGGCUAGGCUGGCUCUGCAGCCCUCACUAGACCCUGGGCUCAGAUCCUGCUCCCGGACCUCUCAGGCCUGUAUCAGGCUGUGACCCCACGAGUAAGAGGGAGUGGAGCCCAGAGGAGUUUGUGACAAGGUUCACCUUUCCCUUGGGAAGAGUGAAGGAAAAGACUGCUGCCUGCCUUCCUCCAUCCCAGUCUGAGACAACCCUUGUGUCUUUUGCCACCAUCCCAGCCCCCAGCCCCCUUCCAACUCAAAUACAAGGACUUAACUGUACCCCAGCUUCUCUCCCUGCCUCCCCCUCACAGACACCUUGCUUAUCUCCACUGCAAGGGACACUGAUACUGCCCAGCACAGGGGCUCUGAA